AUGAAGUUGCCCUCUCUCUUUACCGUCUUCCUCGCCGCCGGCGCUUAUGCCAUGCCCACAACUACCGAGGCCUCGGAAUCCGGCCUCGAGAGGCGCACCGGGCCCGGCAUCGUCGCCGCAGCCGACAAGAUGAAGGGCAAGCCCUACGUCUGGGGCGGUGGCAACAUCCACGGUCCCACCAACGGCGGCUUCGACUGCUCCGGUCUCACCCAGUACUCUGUCUACCAGGCGGAGAAGAAGGAGAUUCCCCGCACCGCCCAGGCGCAAUACGCCUCCAAACUGGGCAAGCACAUUCCUCGCGCGCAAGCCAAAGCCGGCGAUCUGCUCUUUUGGGGCAAAGGUGGCGACUGCAAGACGGGCGUCGUCCACGUCGGCAUCUUCACCAAGCCGGGCUGGAUGGUGAAUGCCGCCCAUACCGGUGUUCCCGUUCGAGAGCAGAAGAUCUGGACUUCGUACGGUGGCGAGAGCAUUUGUCCUGAUGCUGUCCGCUUUUGGUAG